AUGAAGACAGAAAAUUGGCUCCAGUUUCCAGCCCCCGCAGCUGCCCUGGUCCUUCGCCGAGCUGCUGCCGCCCGCGCCGUGCGCGCCGCUGGAGCUAGUGUGGACCUUGAUGCCCCGCUCCUGCGGACGGGCACUCGGCAAAGUUGCGGGGCCGAGGAGGCUGGUAGAGGCGGGGGCGUGGGCCUGGCAGCCCGCGGGGAGCACACGGAGAUGAGAAACAGAUGUCGGAGCUGGACUGAGCUUUGCGCUCCCCCGCCCGCCCGGUCCCUUCCCCAGCAGCCAGGGUGUAACAAGGCAGCACUCAUCCUGCGGCCACAGGAACUGGCAGCUACUGGUGAUCCUCCCGCCUGCGAGAGCCAGGCCUCUGACUGCCUGGUCGCGGCGAAUCCAGGAGGCGCACAGACUGCAAACCAGGGGGAGAGGAUCAGCGCCUGCAGAUUGAGCGCCAUCUGAUCUGCAUGUUUAUUUCCUAGAAUUGUAAUUAAAUUUGUGUAAUAAAUGUUUUCCAUUUCAUUUGUACACUGGAAAUUUGGGUGACUGACAUGCCGCUAAGUGAAUUUCCUCCUUUUUUUUUUUAAUUUUAUGAAGCAAAUGUGCCUUAUUCAAUAAAGUAGCAAAUAUUAACCAUCA